AUGGCAGUGCUGCUGCUGAUCGGUACUUGCGGUUUUUUGCCCGCAGUUUCCUUAACUGUGUUCAGAGUGGAUCUAUGUAAUAAAGCACGUGUUCUUCUUCUCGUUGCUUCAGAUGUUGAUGCAUUAUGUGCUUGUAAAAUACUCCAAGCUUUAUUUCAAUGUGAUCAUGUACAAUAUACGCUAGUCCCAGUAUCUGGGUGGCAAGAGCUUGAAACUGCCUAUCUUGAGCAUAAAGAUCAGUUUAAGUACUUUGUUCUUAUUAAUUGUGGUGCCAAUGUUGACCUAUUGGAGAUCUUGCAGCCUGAAGAAGACACGUUUUUUUUUGUAUGUGACAGCCACAGACCUAUCAAUGUAGUGAAUGUUUACAAUGAGACACAGGUUAAGCUAUUAGUUAAACAAGAUGAUGAUCUUGAUGUUCCUGCUUAUGAUGAUAUCUUCAGAGAUGAAGAGGAUGAAGAGGAGGACUCUGGGAAUGAAAGUGAUAGAUCAGAACCUUCAGAGAAGCAUAGACGAUUUGAAGAGGAUGUAAUAGAGAGAACAAUGAAAAGGCGGCAGAAGCGAGAAUGGGAGGCGCGCAGGCAAGAAAUUCUUUUUGAUUAUGAACAAUAUGAAUAUCAUGGGACCUCAUCUGCAAUGAUGAUGUUUGAUCUGGCAUGGAUAAUGUCUAAAGACUUGAAUGACAUGUUGUGGUGGGCUAUUGUUGGCUUAACAGAUCAAUGGGUCCAGGAUAAAAUCACUCAGAUGAAGUAUGUGACCGAUAUUGGGAUACUACAGCGUCAUGUAUCUCGCCAUAACCACCGCAAUGAGGAUGAAGACAAUUCUCUGUCAAUUGACUGCAUGCGAAUAGCAUUUGAAUAUGACCUGCGCCUGGCACUUUACCAGCACUGGUCUCUGUAUGAAAGUCUCUGUAAUACUUCUUAUACCUCUGCUAGCCUCAAACUUUGGUCUGUACAAGGGCAGAAGAGGCUCCAGGAGUUCUUGGCUGACAUGGGUUUGCCUUUGAAGCAAGUGAAACAGAAGUUUAAUUCAAUGGACAUUUCUUUAAAAGAAAAUCUUCGGGAAAUGAUUGAAGAAUCUGCAAACAAGUUUGGAAUGAAGGAUUUAAGAGUUCAGACCUUCAGCAUUCACUUUGGCUUUAAGAAUAAGUUCUUAGCAAGUGAUAUAGUUUAUGCAACAGCUUCCCUCAUGGAGAAUAUAGAGAAAGAGGGGCCUGAAACCGAUAACUUCAUUAAAGCUUUGGACAGUCUCUCCAGGGGUAACCUGGACAAACUGCACCAAGGACUGGACCUGGCCAAAAAGCAGUUACGUGCCAUUCAGCAGACAGUAGCCAGCUGUAUUUGUACCAACCUUGUAAUUUCUCAGGGGCCUUUCCUUUAUUGUUCUCUUAUGGAGGGCACACCCGAUGUGAAACUGUUUUCCAAACCAGUGUCUCUGUGCCUGCUCAGUAAAUACUUACUCAAAUCCUUUGUUUGUUCUACAAAAAAUAAGCGCUGUAAAUUGCUGCCACUGGUAAUGGCUGCACCAAUGGAUGUUGAACAGGGAACUGUGAUCAUGGUGGGGAUUCCUCCGGAGACGGAAAGCUCUGACAAAAAGAACUUUUUUGGGAGAGCAUUUGAGAAAGCUGCAGAGAGCACCAAUUCUAGGACGUUACAUAACCAUUUUGACAUGUCAAUAAUUGAGUUGAAAACAGAAGACCGGAGCAAAUUUCUGGAUGCGCUCAUUUCUCUCCUGUCCUAACGUGAUGCUUUUUGGUGCCUUCUCCUGGAAGCUGAGGAUCAUAUACACUGAAAGUGUCCUGAAUAUUCCAAGGUUCUUGGUGCUGCAAUUGUGAUGGAACAUCUUGCUUUAUUCUAGAUUACGGCUACAGGCCUGGGCUGUUGGCUUUGUCUCUUGGGAAGGCAAAAGGAUUUUAACCUUAGCGUACGCAUGUUGAGCACUGCUACUUUGUAAAGACCCCAUCCUCAUAACAGCAAAAGGUGUCAACUAGAAUUAUAUGCAAAUCGAAUUUCUGUUUGUCAAACCUUUUUUUUCACUAGGCAUGCUCCUAUGAUAUCUAGAUGUUGGCUAGUAACAAAAAUUAGGUUUUGAAGAAGUCCCAUGUUUAGUAAUAGUACCAUUCAAAUAUUUAAGAAGUGUUGUUGAAUGGUUUUCUAUUUUUAUUUUGUAAGAUACUUUUAGAAAAAUCUGCUUGAAUUUCUGAUGUUUUGGAAUUCUUUAAGUAUUACUAGGUUGAGGUCUUAUAGUUGAAUUAACUGUUUUAUGAAGCAAGUUUUAAGAUUUUAGUGCUUUUAAAAUAUGAGUACUGAGCAGUUGCCAAAUACAGAAUGAAAAAAUCCUAUAAAUACUAUAGAAUUCUCUUCCGGAAAAUAUUAAGAUGGCAUCAUUAUUUUAAUGUCAGAAAAGCAUCCUUAGUCAUGCAUUGUGAUAGUGAAUUGAGAUCUAUAGUUUCACUUUGGGAAUAAUUUUCCUGCAAACAAUCUAAAAUGUUAUGAUGACUGUGUUGUGUGUGUGGACUAUAGCAUUAUAAAUAUUGACAAGCUAGAGUGAUCCUGUUCCCAAAUAGAUUAAUUUCAUUUUGGUCAUAUGAAAUGGUGUGGAUUGUUAGACUUAUCCUACUGCACACUGGGUGAGUAUGUGUAUGUGUAUAUUUGGAAUUCUUUUUCUUCAUGUGGUGUUUACUUGAAUUCUGUAUGACUUAGUAUUUUCAUGUAUCAUAAUGAAUAUGUAAAGGUUUCGUACUGUUGUUGCAUCA